AUGGGAGAUUCUGAAAAGAUUUUAAAUGAUCUAAUUAAAGCUUUGAACAAGGCAUUUGCUCUUAAAGACCUUGGAGCCCUUAGUUAUUUCCUUGGAGUAGAGGUAUCGUAUCCUACAAAUGGAGGUAUGUUCUUAUCCCAAGUAAAAUAUAUUACUGAUCUAUUGCAGAAGACGAAAAUGAUUGAAGCAAAACCUAUUUCAACUUCAAUGGUAAGUGGACAGUUAGUAUUUGCUCAUCAAGGUGAAAAUUUUCAUGAUGUAUACUUGUACCGUAGUACUGUUGGAGCUUUACAGUAUGCUACUCUUACACAUCUUGAAAUAUCUAAGUGUAAAUAA